CUUAGUGCUAACUUAAAUUGCUUUUUGUAUUUAUGCAUUUCAGAACCAAGCUUUGUUGGCAUGGAAAUAGUACCUGAAAGUGAGUUUAGUCCAGAUGGAGAUGAUGAUAAAAUUUAUGUGUUCUUCACUGAAACAGCUGUUGAGUUUGAAUUCUAUGACAAGAUUCUGGUGUCCAGAAUUGCCCGAAUCUGCAAAGGUGACCUUGGUGGGAAGCGCUUACUGCAGAGAAGAUGGACUUCGUUUUUAAAAGCCCGACUUUCCUGCUCCAUUCCAGAACUCGACUUCCAUUUCAAUAUCAUUCAGGACAUCUUUUUCCUUAGGAGAGCAAAGUGGCAGGACAGCGUCUUCUACGGAAUUUUUUCCCAGCAGUGGGGCAGGUUGGACGUAUCAGCUGUGUGUGCAUACGGCAUGGCAGGCAUUCAGGAAGCCUUCUCCAAAGGAAGCUACAGGGGCCCCAUAGCUGUGGAGCAUUCCCACGUUAGAUGGAUGGCAUUUAGAGGAGAGGUGCCAGUUCCACGUCCUGGUGCUUGUAUUGAUAAUUUUGCCCGGAAUCUGGGGUAUAAUACAUCUUCUGACCUGCCUGACAAAGUCCUGCAGUUUGCUAGAGAUCACCCUCUGAUGGAUGGCUCUGUAAAUCCAGUCGGUGGUAGGCCUGCACUGCUGAAGAGGAGCUCAAACUACACCAGGAUUGUGGUAGACAGAGUUACUGGCCUGGAUAAGCAGACCUACGAUGUUAUGUUUCUAGGAACAGAUGAUGGAUAUUUGCAUAAAGCUCUCAAUUGCGAUGGAGAAAUGUUCAUUGUGGAAGAGCUGCAGCUGUUUCUGUCCCCUGAGCCUGUGCAGUUCCUGCAGCUGUCUGCUAAAAAGGGGAUGCUCUAUGUGGGGUCCCUGUCUGCAGUGCUGCAGCUUCCAGUUUCGGGCUGCCAGCGCUACAAGCACUGCUUGGAUUGCGUCCUGGCCAGGGACCCGUACUGCGCCUGGUCUCAGGCUGCCCGUGCGUGUGUUCUGCUGCCACAUCAGCCUGCUGAUACACAGAAUUUAAUUCAAAAUGUGAAAUAUGGGGAUGCUUCUGGCUGCCUUAGUGCAGAUCUACACGGACAGAUCCGUGAAGCUGUGUCAUUAACAAGUAGAAGAACUGAGGUUUACAAAGAUUGAUCUGUUUAUGUGUGCCCACAUUUGAAGGUGAGCCAAAAGCACAUUAAAACUUGUGGUCCCGUAUCUUUUGGUCACACCUCAGCAGGAGUAAGGCCAGCAGAGGCACCCUGCCCCUGUGUUGGACCUCUUAGUCGUGGGAUUUCUUUGUCUUUGCUUAUGUGUCCAUUACCUGUUUUCAGACUGGCAGGUUCAGUGAUGUGUUCUGAGCAUGCAUCUGCUUUUGUACGUUCAGCUAAAUCUUCGGUGUUCUUACUUAAAACAUUAUCUUCAUAAUUGCAGAGAAUGAUGUGAGAAAACACCUCUUUACUCUUGGAAACAAUGUUCAUCUUAAAUGUGUUCCUCUUUCAAAUCUGGCAAGAGUAGU